AUGAUAUCGGACGGGUAUCGUGAAAGCUCCGUGGUAUCCCCGGAAAACGGCGAGCAGGACUUCUUGGACUGGGGUGCUCUACACAAAGCCCGAGGCUUGGUAGCCUACUAUGUUUCUGGUCACGGUUGGGGGCACUUGACUCGAUCCUUGGCUUUGGCUUGUGAGUUGCUCACGCACCAGUUCUGCGUACUCCUCUGCACGCCUGUGUCUCCAGAUGCGGUUCAUGCACAGCUGCUGCUGCUCCUCGGGGCCUACCGAACGCACGCCGUCGAGUUCCCGCAAAGCUUACGUCCUGAAGAGCAGCUGCGCGUUCGCGCGGUCAAGCUUGACGUUGGUUGCAUCCAAAGCGAUGCACUCACGAUCGACGCAGCGGCUACACUGACGGCUUAUCGAGAGAUCAAUGAACGUCGCCAGACACUCAUCCGAGUCGAGUCUGCUAUGCUGCGGAGGUUGCAGCCGCAGCUCAUUCUUGCCGAUGCCGUUGCGCUUGCAGCGGCUGCCGCGAAAGCUGCUGCGCUCUCCGAUCGAUUCGUCUUUGUCACGAACUUCUUGUUCAGUGCUAUUUAUGACCAAUUUCUAUCAGAAAUCCCGAGCCUGAACACGCCUCAGAACCGGGCACUGGUCGAGCGCAUGGCCAUGGAUGAGUCUGAGGCACCCGUUUGGGUUCAGCUGUCGCCAGGGCUGGUGCCUCCGUUGCGGUCAUUUGGCGGUCGAUGCUUCUCAGCUGGGCCUGUAUCGCGUCCGUGGAAGUCGACAAGAGCUGAAACGCGUCGUCGUCUGGGCAUUUCGCUAUCCGCCCGUGUUUUGUUGGUCUGUUUUGGUAGUUUCGACUGUAAGACGCUAUUCGGGGAGCAAGGCUGUCCGUUGCACUCGUUUCUGGAACAAGUGGACCUCAUUCGGGAACCGGGCUCGCCUUGGCGAAUGAUGCUGCUCACCGAAUACGACGCGGUAUCAUCAUCGCCCAGGGUACGCUUCGUACAUCCUAGCGCAGCGACAUAUGUACCGGACUUGAUCCAGGCAGCGGACGUGGUACUCGGUAAACUCGGAUACGGGAUCAGUGCGGAAUGUCUCGCAGCUGGUACACCGCUGGUGUAUGUUCGGCGACCGCUCUUCUUGGAAGAAGAGGCGCUCCGUCGCGACCUCCAGGGACUAUGUGUAGAGCUCACCAUCGAGGAGUUGCGUUCCGGAUGUUGGCGAAGAGCUGUUCACCAGGCGCUCGAGAGCAAAGGCAGUACAGCACGAGCAAGGUUCGGUCCCGAGCAUCCGCUGGCGAGCAUCCGGCGCCUUGGUGCCCUCGUCCAGCAGUGGAUGCGAGGCUCACAGUAG